AUGGCAUCAAGUUGUGAUCAGUUUGAAGCAUGGAGAGACCUGAGAGGCAAAGUCGUGAUGGUUACGGGUGCAUCCUCCGGUCUUGGUCGGGAUUUUUCAAUUGAUUUAGCAAAAGCCGGUUGCAAAAUCAUUGCUGCUGCACGUCGAACAGAUCUCCUCAAGUCACUAUGCGAUGAAAUUAACAACAUGGAAUUAAAUUUAAUCUCUGAUGAUCAUAUUGAUGAUGAUGUUCAUGAGGCAAACCAAGGUCAAAUUGCAGUGGCGAUUGAGCUUGAUAUCUGUGCUGAUGGUCCUACCAUUGAAGCCUCCGUGCAAAAGGCUUGGGAGACUUUUGGCCGGAUCGAUGUUCUGAUCAACAACGCCGGUAUUCGAGGUAAUCUGAGUUUGGUUUUGAGCAAGAUGAAUUUUACGAUGUAA